UCACCGCUUUCCGCGCGCACCGACCGACCGGCCCCUGAGCAGCCCCGUCUUUGAGCAGCGCUCUCUCUGUCUCUCUCCGUGGACGUUAUUCGCUACCGGGUUUUCUGUGUAUAGAUGUAGCCCGUAACCGGAGCUCACAGUGGGAGACUGUUGUCGCCUUUUCGCCAUGGAGGACUGCUGUUCCCCGGACAGCGAGAGGAUGGAAGCGUGGCUGGACGACCACUUGGAGUUCACCCACUCCUACUUUAUCAGGAAGGCGUCAAGGGAGAUGGUGAAUUCCUGGUUUGCUGAGCGAGUUCACUCCAUCCAGCCAUCUGCCUCCAAAGAAAAUCCUUCACAGCACCGGGCCCACCAGUCCUCCACAGACCCCGGUCUCCCUUCUUCCACCACAAUCCUCCCACCCACCCUCAGCCUCCUGGACAACCGCUGCCCGUCCCCAGCCACUGUCCCCAGCCCGGCCCCCGGCACCCCGACACGCAAAAUCUCAGCGUCAGAGUUCGACCGCCCACUCAGACCCAUCGUGGUUAAAGACUCUGAGGGCUCUCUGACAUUUCUGAGCGACGCAGACCCCGGGACUGUCUCUCUUCGGGGCUCUCUGAUGGGUGAGGGUGGUGUCGGUAAUGGAGGUGGAUACAGCGGGGCAGGAAGUGGCAGUGGGGGUGACCGUUGCGCCAGGCUGCUGGAGCUGGUUAAGGACGUGUCAAGUCAUCUGGAUGUGACAGCACUCUGCCACAAGAUCUUCCUCCACAUUAACGAGCUGAUUGCCGCAGACCGCUACUCACUGUUCCUGGUGGGCGAGGACAGCUCCAACAGGAAGUUCUUGGUCAGCCGCCUGUUCGACGUAGCCGAGGGAUCCACACUGGAGGAGUCCUCCAGUAGCUGCAUCCGGCUGGAGUGGAACAAGGGCAUUGUGGGUCAUGUAGCCGCCACAGGACAGCCGCUAAAUAUCAAGAACGCUUACGAGGAUCCCAGAUUCAAUGCUGAGGUGGACUUGAUCACAGGUUACAAAACCCAGAGUAUCCUUUGCCUUCCCAUCAAGAACCACAGAGACGAGGUAGUCGGAGUGGCUCAGGCUAUCAAUAAAAAAUGUGGGGAGGACGGUGCCUUCACUGACCAGGAUGAAAAGGACUUCUCAGCCUACUUGGCCUUUUCUGGCAUUGUCCUGCACAACGCUCAGCUCUAUGAGACAUCGCAGCUGGAAAACAGACGCAAUCAGGUGCUGUUGGACCUGGCCAGUCUGAUCUUUGAGGAGCAGCAGUGUCUGGAGGUUUUACUGAGGAAGAUCGCAGGAACCAUCCUGUCCUUCAUGCAGGCCCAGGCCUGUACCGUCUUCAUCGCUGACGAAGACUCCAUGAAUUCCUUCUGCAGUGUCUUCCACAUGGAAUACGAGGAGCUUGGUGAAGUCCUAGAUUCCCCCAAAAGGGACUAUGAUGUCAGCCAGAUUAACUACAUGUACGCCCAGUAUGUUAAAAACACCAUGCAGCCUCUCAACAUCGCAGACGUCACCAAGGAUCAGCGCUUCCCCUGGACAAGUGAAAACCCAGAUCACACCCGCAGCCAGAUAAAGAGUUUGCUUUGCACUCCCAUCAAGAAUGGCAAGAAGGACAAAGUCAUAGGUGUAUGUCAGCUGGUGAACAAGAUGGAUGAAGCGUCAGGAAGCGUGAAGGCCUUCAACAGGAACGAUGAGCAGUUCCUGGUGGCAUUUGCUAUCUUCUGCGGUCUGGGCAUCCAGAACACACAGAUGUACGAAACAGUGGAGAGAGCCAUGGCCAAGCAAGAGGUCACACUGGAGGUCUUGUCGUAUCACGCCUCUGCUGCAGAGGAGGAAUCGCGGGAACUCCAGGUAACCGCGGUAGCUACAGUGCCGUCAGCCCAGUCGUUGCGUCUUCUGGACUUCAGCUUCAGUGACUUUGACUUGUCAGACACUGAAACCACGCUGGCUACUAUCCGCAUGUUUGUGGACCUCAACCUGGUCCAGAACUUCCAGAUGAAGUACACGAGUUUAUGCCAGUGGAUCCUGAGCGUGAAGAAGAACUACAGGAAGAAUGUGGCUUAUCACAACUGGAGGCAUGCUUUCAACACCGCCCAGAGCAUGUUCGCCCUCCUCAAGUCAGGACGCUUACAGAAUAACCUGAGUGAUGUGGAGGUCUUGGCUCUGAUGAUUGCAACUCUCAGCCAUGACCUGGACCACAGAGGAGUCAACAACUCCUACAUACAGAGGAGCGACCAUCCACUGGCCCAGCUCUACUGCCACUCCACCAUGGAGCAUCACCACUUCGACCACUGCCUCAUGAUCCUCAACAGCCCUGGAAACCAGAUCCUGAGCGGCCUCUCCCUAGACGAGUACAAGGCCACUCUGAAGAUGAUCGAGAGGGCUAUUCUGGCCACUGACCUGGCCCUGUAUAUGAAGAGGCGUGGGGAGUUCUUUGAGCUCACCAAGAACAGUCAGUUUGUCUGGGAGAACGAACAUCACAGAGACUUACUGAGGUCAAUGCUGAUGACUGCAUGCGACAUCUCAGCCAUCACCAAGCCUUGGCCAGUGCAAAAAAGGAUUGCGGAGCUGGUAGCCACUGAGUUCUUCGAACAGGGGGAUAAGGAGAGACGUGAGCUGAACAUUGAGCCCAGUGACCUGAUGAAUCGUGAGAAAAGAGAUAAGAUUCCCAGCAUGCAGGUGUCCUUCAUUGAUGCCAUCUGCAUCCAGUUAUAUGAGACCUUGGCUGGCAUGUCGGAGUAUUGUUCCCCGUUGUUGGAAGGAUGUCAGGAAAACCGCAAGAUCUGGAAGCGUUUGGCCGAGGAGUGUGAGAAGGGGACUGUCAACGGCUUGGUGUGAUCCCAAUGCCAGUUUAGUUUUUCAGCCAACACAAAUUCCCCCUGCCCAAACAGGUCAUAAUAUUAACAUGCUAUCUAAAAGGACAAAAUAACAUGCUUUGCGCACAGAGGUGGCCAAAGAAUGUAUGGUGUGGCGAAAAAAAAAUAUGUGGUGAAAAAAACACUUAAUUAGGUUUGACAGUGAAAGGCCAGGUUCAGGUCCCAAUUUAUGCCGUGUUGUUUCUAAGUAAAAUCACAGUUACAUACAACUUAGGUCUUAUUUUGUUAUGUUUGUCCAUCCUUCUUAUCUGUUAAAAUAAAGUUGUACUCACCAAGAGUAUUACUGAGAUUGGGGAAUGCAGCAGCAGCACUAAACAAGACCAAGAGCCAUGCUAGCAGCCAGGCUUUAUUUAGGCACAGCGGUGAUUGGAGCUGAAUGCUAAUUGAGCUGAAUGCUAAUAUAAGCAUGCUAAAAGGUUCACAAGGAUAAUGUUAGCAUGCUGAUGUGUAGGAUAUAGUGGUGAGGUACUAUAAAAUAUGUUUCCCAUGGUCACCAUCUUAGUCUAGCAUGUUAGCAUGCUAACAUUUUACAGGAGAGCUAAAAAUUAUGGGAUGGGUAUGUAAUUUGUUUUGUGUUUAUUAAUUAACUAAAGUAGUGCUAUAGGAAACUUAAAGGUGGGGUAUGAGAUUCUAAUCCAAUACGUCUGUCUGUCACUGUCUGCUAGCUGUGCGCUGAAAAUAAAUCUGGUGUUUGGACACAGUCCUGGCUCUGUAAGUAGGAAACAAAGAGGCUUGGAGCGCACAACACUACUCCAGCUGUUCCAGCCAUGAUUUAUGUGUCAGUAAUGUUAAAUGACUUACCCACGGACAUUCAGCUGACUUUCUAGUUCACAAAGACAUGCUGUUGUUGUGACGUUAGCAGCAGGAGAGUUGUGAGUAUUGCUGUGUGGAGGUGGUGUGCAGCUCUGGGCUCUCGUCCUCUCUGCAUGUUAGCUUCGCAGCAGCAACUGUAGCCACAGUUUGCCUACCCACAACUAACGUCAGUUACAUUACUUGCCGUGUCGUUUCUAUAUUAUGGUAUUUGUCAUGGUUUUGGAUUCCUCCAAAAUCGCAUACCCCACCUUUAAGGGAUUCAUCCUCUUGGAACCAUCAAUGUCUGUACAAAGUUUACUUCAUCAAUUCAUCAAGUGAAUGUAGAGAUUUUUCAGUCUGGACCAAAGCUGUGGACUGCCUGAAAAUUUCCUAUGGUGCACAUAAGUGGUGCAGUCAGCUAACCUGUUAGCAGACCUGCCGUGUUGUUAGCUAACUUUGAGGCUAACAAAACCCCCGGGCUAAUAUAGUCUGAAAGAGAAAGCAAAGGUGAACAGUAAAAUGAUCAGUCAAAAUGUGUGUUGUCACAGUUUACCAGACUUACUGUACUUGCUGUAGUUUAGUGCACUGAGUGAUUAUUAUCAACAUUUUGAGCUGUGAUCACUUUCAGUUUAAAGAUUAUCUCACUGCACUUUUCAUUUAGAGCAGAUCUAGACUGUACUCUUUGUAAUAUUAUAUUUACAGAGCCCCAAAAUUUCCCACCAUGAGCAAGCACUUGGUCACAGUGGCAAGGAAAAACUCCCUUUAACAGGUAAAAACUUCAAGCAGAACCUGGACUCAGGCUGGACAGCAAACUGCCUCGACUGGUUAAGAGAGGACUUUGUUGUGGCAAUGUUCCCAGAUCUCAAUAAUAACUUCAGUGAGUACACAUCUUAACAGAUAGAAAUGAUGGCUAAACUACAGAAAUAAGACCGAAGUUGUCAUAUCUCUAACCGAAAACCUUGAACAAAUUGUCUUAAUUUAAAUGUUAGCUAUCUCCCAUGAGAAACAGGUGAGAAUGACGUGCAAUGUUGUGUUAAUAACACAGAAUCCUUGUUUCAGGUUAUGCUCAUUUCCCUGAACUUUGUGCGACUUGUCUUCCUGUCACCAUUCUUUCAUUGCUUUCACUCACCAGAGAAAGUAACAGUCAGCACUAAGCUAUAUUUAUUACCAUAGCAAUUUUUAUUUUUGCACAAGGUCUCUCUCACAGAUAGUGAAAUUUAGGGGAACACUGAAUGGUAAGAAAUAGAUCCCUGGGGAUCAGCACCAUUACAGUGGAAUACUAUAUACUUAAGAUACUGUCACAAUAAUCUGAUGAGCUUGUUAAAUAUCUCCAUACACAGCACACACACACACAAGGGUUUGAGUCUUUUGUAACAUUGUUUUCACUCAUUGUCUACUGCAUAUUUAUUUUUGUUUUAUAUAUUUAUUAGAGUUUCUAUAUUGUAAUGUCAUCCUUUUUUCAAGAGCACACAAUUCUAUAUAAAGAAAACAUAGUUUUCAUACUUCAUCCCAUCUCUGCUUUUUUAAAAAGAUCUUUCUUAGUAACAACUCUUUCAGACGACAUUUGGAAAUGUACUGUAUUGUGUUAUUUGGAAUUUUCUUUAGUUUUCAAAAUGUAAAAGAGCCAAAGACUAGGCCUGCAAUUUCAAAUGGGUCUAGAUUUUUCCACUGCCUUGUUGUGAUAAAAUAGGACCAGUUCACAAUUAAAACAGACAAAACAUUUUAGUUGUCCACAUGCUUUCCUCCUGUAAGUGUCUGUUUUUUAACAAUUGAAUGAUUGUGGGCAGCCUGUCUAGACAGUGCUUGGUUGACUUAACACCUUGACGUCACUUGAAUUUCAACCAGCAAUAGAACAUAAGUGAACUUUGCUGAAAACCAAGCAAUACGAUGGCACAGGGGUGUUGUCCAGAUCUGGUACACUCUGUGCUGCCACACAUUAUUCAAAUAUGACUUACUGAUCAGCAAAAAUACAUCAUGGCGUACAUUUAUAAAGACCUUUUACCAACCAUCAAGUUUGGCUGAUGAAACUGAUGUAAAAGAAAUUAAUUCAGCCGGGUUCAAUCAGGUUUUACUUUUACUGCAAAGCCCAAUUGUGGAAUGAAAUUUGGUGAUAGGCUCUCUGCAUAUAAAAUAGUUCUGAAUGUACGGGGGCGGUUACUGUAUGCUGACCCAGAUUCUUUUAAAAGUUAAAAUCACACUCAGUCUCUUGGAGAAGAAACCACUGCUGUCCAGUGGGUAAAAUGUUAUAGUAUGUUACAGUUCUGGUGGCCAAGACAAGCCAAUAGCACAUAUAGCAGUGGUUCCCAACGUGGUGGUCAGGACCCCCCAAGAGGUCCCUAGAUAAAUCUGAAGGGUCAACACCACCACCCAAAUGAGUAAAUGGAUACAAAACGGUGCAAUACGAAGCUUUUUUAUUUUUUUUUUUUUACAACUUUUCCCAAAUAGUUUAUGAAAUACAGCCCUCUAAAAAAAAAAAAAAAC